AUGGAAUUUAAAAAAGCGGAAAGAAAUUUACAAUUACUUCAAAAUUUUACUCUUUCUUCAUCUCAAACUGAUACAUGCAUUUCAGGUAAAGUGUUUGCUACACAAUGCCCUUCUCAGCAACCCGUACUUUCUUCAAUUUCAAAUGAGCUUAAUAAUGAAACUUGUGAGGUAACCAGCAAAUCUACAGGGCUUAAUAGAGGAUCAACUACUUUGAAUGAAAUUUCUUCACCUGGAAGACUUACAUAUACUAAUAAAUUCCACACUAAUAAUGAUGAUAUGGAAGCGAUACUCAAUUCAUCAGAGAAUAUUACUAGCAAGAUCCCUGAUUGUAACUUAUCUCACUCAACAAAUGAUUGUACUUUUUCAAAUAAUGACUCAAAAUUUAUCGCCAAUAAAGAAACAAUUUCUACCAAUAUAGUUAAUACAGAACUAACUUCACCAGAAAUCUCACUUAGCGAGAUAACUGAAUCUAAAAAUAUAACUAAACUACUGACCGUUGAGGAGAGCUCAGAAGUAACAUUUGCUAAAAAUUCUCUUUCUACAUCUUCCAAUCAUGAGCUUGUGCAAAAUGCUUCUUCUGAGAAUAAUCUAACUGGGUUAUGUAUGCCAGAUACUACCAUAACUAAGCCAUCUAGUAAUUAUUCACAAAUAAAAAAUACAAUUUGCAAUUCUAAGGAACCUCUACCUAAUUCGGUUAUACAUCAUGAUAAAGAAAGUACUAAGGAGAAUACGACACUUCGUAUCAACCCACAAGAGAUUACAGAUCCCAAAAGUAAUCUGAAUAAGAAUACUCAAGAACUAAUUAGCUCAUUUGAUGGUAAGAUGUCUAAUCCAGCUUUUGAACCAGACGAAAUUAUUACAAAUGAAGAGAAUAUAUUUUUAAGCACUCAAAUUCAAAGCAGAUUAGACGAUUUUGAGAAAGAGAAUAACCUUAAAAAUAAACUUUCUCAAUUCAAGUAUACUUUUGAAAAUUCCUUUAUACCCCAUAAUAUACACAAACCUAUUAAACAAACAACUUUAUUACCAAGUAAUGAUAUGCCAAAACCUACAAAACGAAAGACUCGAAAACCUCAAAAUAUUACUGAUAAGACUGAUAUUUUACUUCAAAAACUUUCUGGCAACUCUUCCAAAUAUAAAAAUAUCAUCAAAAUGCGAGAUAAAUCUGUGAAAGAAAAAAGAAUAGGUAAAAAAAAGAGUACUAAUAAACAUCAGACAUAUAAUGACAUGGAAUGGGACAAAAUUUUGAAGAAUCUGGUCAAUAUUUUCCCAAAAUCAACAAAUAUAAGGUCCCAACAAGAAUAUUUACAAUUUCAUGGUGAUAAUUAUAAGUAUACUGAUUCUAGUUUAUGGCAAAUUUCGCAACUGCCACCUUUAAAGUCAACAGUACCAGAAAAUGAUCCCAAAAAUGAACAAGUUAUAAACAAGGAAGAUAGCUUAUUAGACGGCACUUCAGAAUUGAAAAAUUUUAAUGUUUUAUCACUAUCUCAAGCAAUGGAAGAUUUCAAACAAAAUGAUAAAAAUAAUGCCUUUUCACAAGACGAACCUGAAUUUAAGGUGGAAGCUAAUAGCCAUAGGCUCUAUUCAAUGCCUAAUAAUGACGAUUUAGUGUCUAAUAAUGACGAUAAAGUACAAUAUGUAGCUUCCUUGCAAGAUUUUCCAAUUCCAGCUAAUAAAACGAGCCAUAAUAUUAUAGACGAACUUCAUACCGAAGAACAUCUUUCACUGGAUACUAGCAUUCUUGAUAAUGGAAAAAAUAUUAAGCAAAAUGAUUUAAAAAAUGACCAAAUACUAAUGGCAACAACAUCUACUAGUAGUAAAUAUGAUAUUCAUUCUUUUAAUAAUGACCAUGAUUCAAUUAUUUUGGACAGCGAUUUAGAAGAUCUGGCAAUAAUAAUUCCCUUUGAAACUAAGGAAUACCAAAGAUUAUUACCGGUAACUACAUACAACUUUCUCAAUAAAAUCAUUUCCCCAAAUUUUCAACAUUCAGAAUUAAUUUUUGAUAGUAAUCGUUCUAAUCAGCACUGCAUCAGCGCUGAAGAUGCCAAAGGAUCUUUAGAUAUCCACACUACAAAUGAGGAAUUUUCAAAUAACCGGAAAAUAAAGAGAUAUCAAAGUAAUAUAUUUACAAGGAAGUAUUCAGAUAUCGAAAUGGCAAAUACUAGUCUAAAAAAGAACCUCGAUUCCACUUAUGACUAUAAUUCAAUGAGUGAACAUUUAGAGAGUUCUUUUCUAUCAAAACGACUGUAUAUGUAUCUAUCAAAGGAUGAAAGGGACAAUAACGCCAAUCAUCCAUUUGAAACUAUAUUUUCCAUUAGCAUUAAAGAUGAUUCAACUAUUAUCUGUGACUCAGAGGAGGAACUAGACGAUACAAUCAAUUACUCAAUUCUCCAAUUUCAUAGUGUUAAACUUUCUCCCAGAGUUCAUCCUCCUAUAAUAAAAGAAAAAUCCCAGUCCGCACAAAAGCUAAGAGUUAGCAUGAAGACAAUUGGUCUAAAACCACUUAGAUCUAAAUCAGAAAUGUUACAGGCAUUAUCUGCUGCUGCAGAACUGUUCCCAAAUGAUAAUAUUUUGGAUGAUACUCAAAGAAAAGAGGAAAUUCAUAAACUUUUAACUAAUCUCAUCAGAAAUUCUCCCAGACUAUUGGAAAAAGUUUAUUGUUUCGAACCUUUAUUUUUAGAUUCACUUAUAGACGAACUAGUUAGUAUGAAUCCAUUCGUGGAUUAUAUUGAUGAAGGAAGCAUCAGAGAAUGGGCUGAUAUUCAAGGUAUUUGUCUGCGUACACGUUAG